GGUGAUUGUUCAAAAGGACGCGGUGUGGUUGGGUGAGGACAAAAGAUGGGAAAAAGAUAGGUUAGGUUGAUUCAUCUUCUUCGUGACAAGCUGCCUCUGCGACUGCAACACAACACCAAUUCCCAAUCUUAAAUGUCUGAAACUUCGGGAUCAGCACGUCGGCUCUAAAUCUUAGAUGUCUGAAACUUCAAACCCCAAUUCCCGAUAUCCAAUCUCCAAUCUCGGAUCUCCAAUCUCCAGUCUCCAAUCUCAUACCCAAUCCUCCAUCCAGUGUUUGGUCUUCAUUGUGUUUGUAUCAAUCAAUCCAUUGAUCUAUCAUGUGGAGGUUUAAGCCUUUUAUGCACAAGGAGCCAACCGGGCUCGAAGGUCGAUCCAUUGACGUUGGAAAUGUCAAGAUUCAUGUCAAGAAUGCCAUUGCCGAAGGCGGGUUCUCUUGCGUUUACUUAGCCCGGGACGCCGUGCAUGUGUCCAAGCAGUAUGCUUUGAAGCACAUCAUUAUUAAUGAUGAGGAGCUGCUGGAGUUGGUGAUGAAGGAGAUCUCGGUCAUGAAGUUGCUCAGAGGACACCCCAAUGUGGUCACACUUUGUGCCCACACCAUCUUGGAUAUGGGGCGUACAAAAGAAGCUCUCCUUGUGAUGGAUUUUUGUGAAAAGAGUCUGGUGAAUGUACUCGAGAGCAGAGGAGCCGGGUUCUUUGAGGAGAAACAGGUUCUUGCUAUCUUCAGGGAUGUGUGCAAUGCAGUUUUCGCAAUGCACUCGCAAUCCCCUCCCAUUGCUCAUAGGGACUUGAAAGCUGAGAAUCUUCUUUUGGGGCCUGAUGGAUUGUGGAAGUUGUGUGAUUUUGGAAGCAUCUCUACCAAUCACAAGCGUUUCGAGAAGCCUGAAGAAAUGGGUAUUGAAGAAGACAAUAUUAGAAAGCACACAACACCGGCCUAUAGAGCCCCUGAGAUGUGGGAUCUCUUUCGGAGAGAGCUUAUAAACGAGAAAGUAGACAUAUGGGCUCUUGGGUGUCUUCUCUUUCGCAUUUGCUACUUCAAAAGUGCAUUUGAUGGAGAAUCAAAGCUGCAGAUCUUAAAUGGAAACUAUCGCAUUCCAGAAUUACCUAAAUACAGCUCAUCUAUAACAGAUCUAAUCAGAGACAUGCUUCAGUCUUCACCGGAUGACAGACCAGACAUCACACAGGUGUGGUUUCGUGUUAAUGAGCUGUUACCAGUUGGUUUACAAAAGUCUUUACCUGAUAGGCAACCUGAAGCGAACUCUGCUGACAAACCUGAAGGUUUGUCAAGGCCCCAUAGAAGCCCACCACCACCACCAGCUUCGGUUGGAGAAUCAGCCAGAAAUUCAUCACAAUUGUCAAAUACAUCAAGGGCAGGGGGAGGUGGAGGGCCAAUUGGUGCAUUCUGGUCCACUCAACAUGCAGAUAGCUCUCUUGUUGUUGACGAAAAGAGUAUACCUAAGUUUGAUGAUGAGCCCACUGGCCAUUUCACAGAAAAACUUGAUGGGGUUCGCCUGGAGAUUCAUCCCAAACCCAAGAACAGUGCCCCUGCAAAAGAGGAAAGGGCGCAAACCCAUGCCACACGAAGAAACUUGCAUGGGAAAUCGCACAAACCUGAGGAGGGACCUUCAAAGGACUUUGAAAUAAGUUUCUUACAAAAAGACCAUGGCACUGAAAGGGCAAAGACAUCCAAAUCUGAGAGUUCAAUUAGUUUUCAAGACGAGGCAUUUAACUCUUUCGUUGCUGAUUUUGAUUCUAAGAAACUCAGCUCAGAAGCUAGUAAUAACAAAUCUGGAACAGAAGCAUUAGAGGCUGAAGUAGAGAGAUUGAAAGAGCAGCUGAAACAAGUGAACUUGGAAAAGGCUGAAAUAACUUCCAAAUUUGAAAAGCUGUCUGCCAUCUGCCGAUCUCAAAGGCAGGAGUUACAAGAGCUUAAGCAGAUGCUUGCUGCUAGAACACCGUCACCAAAUAAAGAUGCAUCGAGAAAUCAGACUUCACCUGGAAAGCAGCCAUCACCAAAUCUACCGCAUAGGGAGAAGAUCGAAGGAAACAUUUGGAAACUCCAGCAAGGAAAAUCUACUCCGAGUCCGGAGUCAAAGCCGUGGCAGCCAUUUGCAGAGGAACCCAAACCGCCGCAGCCUUCAUCAACGGCCAAUGCCUUCAAAUCAGCUAGGACAAGAAAUGGUCACCAGAACAAGCAGGGGACUCAAGUAAAUGCUGGUUUUGAUUCUUGGGGUUUUGGAGCAGAUAGUUUUAGUGCUGCAUCCACUGAAAGCGCACAGAUAUCAAGACCUAUGAGCGAAGGAAACAAUUCUCAGCGCUUAGGGGAGGCAAAGGGUAUGGAGAACAGUAAGCCGGCUUCUCAACCUGCUGGAUGGGCUGGUUUCUAAAUGAAUGCCAUCUGGGAUUGCUGUGAAGGAGGUAUUUGAUAACAACCCUCUGUCUGACUUUCUGACUUUCUUGUCGUCGAUGUUGGUCAAGAAAUCGAGGGUGGAAGAGUAAGAGAGAUGCAUUUGAAUUUGAUUUGAGAUUUUGAGUGCUCGCUCGUGUUUUAUACAGAAUCUGUUGUGUAACAUGUACGCAUACAUAUAUGUGAAUUGAGUGGCAGUUACUUCAAGUAUAUACAUUUUUUCUCUGUGUGCA